GUUGUUGUUGUCCUUUUUUAUUACUUAUUUUUUUCCCUGUCGUCGGCCGCGCACAUAAUUUUGGUAAUGCGAGUGCGAUGGUAUGUUUGAAUUUCGUUACGCCGCGUUUCAGUGUGAAAAUUUCUCUUUGUCCCAUUGCGCUGCUUUCGCCGUUGAAACGGGACCACCGUCGCCGUAACUGAUGCUUUUGCUGUUCUGUCCGUCGAUAAUUAUUAUCAGGACAACACACCGUUCGGCGUCUGUGUGUUUUUGUGCGUGAUUUAUUUAUUCAUUUUUUUUUUUUUUGACGUAAUUUUUUAAUCCUCGUGUUUAAGUCUGCAAGUUUGUGUCUGUGUUUAACGAUCUUAUUACCCGCGUCCGUGCUGGGUGCGCACACGUUUUUAAACGGGAUAACGUGGACGUUAUGGAACAACAGCAACAACAAUUUUGUUUGCGAUGGAACAACCAUCAGAACACAUUGAUAUCGGUGUUCGACAGUUUGCUAGAGAGUGGAUCACUGGUGGAUUGCGCUUUGGCUGCUGAGGGACAGUGUAUGAACGCUCACAAAGUCGUACUCUCAGCUUGCAGCCCUUAUUUUGCAAUGCUGCUAAAUCAACAUUUUGACAAGUAUCCUGUACUUAUCUUAAAGGAUGUAACAUAUCAAGAGUUACGGUCUAUGAUGGAUUACAUGUACCGUGGUGAAGUCAAUAUUACUCAGGAGCAACUUGGAUCAUUUUUAAAAGCAGCAGAGUCCUUACAAAUUAAAGGACUAACAGAAAGUAGCGGUCGAUCUGAUAGAAAAGUUGAUGCGCGAAAGAGUGUUGCAAGAAAUAGCUCCCCAGGAUUACCUAAAAAAUCAGUAACUCCUAAAAUUGUCGAAAGUUCAUUUGAGCCAACCAUGACUGUACCACCACCAACUGUAGCAUCAAUACCAAAUACUAAAAGACGAAAAUUAGUACAACCAGUGAAGAAUUUCAGUAGUCUUGUAGUUUCUCCAGUAAAUCCAAGUCGUACAAAUGCUAAUAACUUGGAUGUUAACAAUACACCCAAUCAUACUGCACCUAGUUUAGCUGGGGAAGGUAAGGCAAACAUACCUUCUCCUCCAAUCAUUCCUAAACCUGUAGUAGAAUCAGCAAAUGUCAAAGUUGAAGAAGAUAAAUCUGAUUCUAAUGGUUUAGUAGUUGAUGAAAAGGAUGAAAAUGGUUAUUGGCCUUCAAAUGCUUCAUUAAAUGAAGUGAAAAGAGAAAAAACAGAUACUGAAGAAGAAGCUAGUGAGAGUGAUUCUAAUGUUCAAAAUGAUGUAUGUACAACAAGUACAAAUGUUUGCAAUAUGACUUCACAAAUCAAUAUGAAUAAUUUUCGUCCCGAAGAAGGCAUGGAAUUAACAGAAUAUGGAGGUAUGAAUAUUCCCUCAAAUAUGCAAGAUCAAGGUUUUCCUUUGGGUUCCUUAUGGUGGAAAAACUUUGAACAAAAUUCCAAAUAUGUUCGUACUACUCAAGCCAACCCAUUCAGUUGUCAACAUUGCGGUAAGAGAUAUCGAUGGAAGAGUACACUAAAACGUCAUGAAGUUUUUGAAUGUGGUGGUAAAGAGCCUGUUCAUCGUUGUCCUCAUUGUGAGUAUCGCGCUAAGCAAAGUGGUAAUCUUAGGGUGCACAUACGCAAGUAUCACACAGCUUUAGAGUAAGUUCCUAGAUGCCUCACAACAUCCAUUUAAAAGGUUUGAGAAGUUUAUGCUCUCUGACUUUUUUAUUUUUAUUUUUAUUUUUUGUAUUUAACAAAUAUAUUUGCUCAUUGUUGUGAUUUCAUGGAAACUUCAUCGAUCAGGGUUCAGUAUUAGCAUAAAAUUUUUAAAUGAAACGAAACUUAUUUUCCUAAUUUGUUUGAACAAUUAUUUUUAAGCUCAAUUAUUUGGAAUUUUUUCAUUUAAAUGACAUUACAAAUUAAAUUUUUUUUUUCGCAAUAUAUUGAGUGUUCAAAAUGUUUUAGACAACUUAAUUUGUUUCCUAGACAUGGAAUUAUGCUUACAUGUUGUUCUCAUUGUUUAAUUAGACAUUUUGGACACUUGUGUUUUUGUGUAAUGUUAUUUGCAUGUAACUAUAUUAAUACUUUUUUGUAAUUGUAGGACAGUGUGCGUAUUAUUUUAUUAUGUAAUAUUAAUAUUAUGUAUACAGUAUUUAAGGAUUAACCGCUACACUUGUUCCUAAAACGUAACAAUAAUUAAAUAUGAUGAUACAUGUUGAUAAAUAUAA